AUGCCUAAAAAGUAUCUCGGCUAUGAGCCCAAAGGAGAUGUUUACAAUCAGAAACAGAGAUAUGCUAUCUAAAAGCAAUCAAAAGAUGAUCUUAAGAAGCACAGAAAGGACGCCAAAAAGAUGAAAGCUAUGGGUCUUCAACCAGUGAAACUGAGAAAAGAUGCAGGAUUGCCAAAUUUACAGCCAAAGAAAAAGGAUUUAGUUGACCAAAUUGAGAGGAAAUAGAGAAUAGAUCAAGAGACCAAGCAUCAUCUUAAGGAAAUCUAAGACAAAAGACCCUAGCCAAAAGACCUAAAUCAAUUUAUGAAGCACGUUUAAGCUUAAUAAUCACAUUACGAGGAAGUCAAGAAAUUAGUAGAAGAGGAAAAUGUUGACGGAAUGGUAGAUAAUGACCCAAAUACAAAGUCAAUGAACCAAAGUAAGAAAGCUUACGCUAAGGAAUUGAAGAAAGUUAUCGAGGCAUCAGAUGUUAUUGUUGAAGUUUUAGAUGCCAGAGAUCCAGAGGGCUGCAGAAGUCACGAGAUGGAAAAAGAUGUGCUUUCUCAGGGCAAAAAAGUAUUGCUGGUUAUCAAUAAAAUUGAUCUUGUCCCACCAUAAAAUGCGAGAAUGUGGCAGAGAUAUAUGAGAAAUGAAUUCCCAUGCAUUCUAUUUAAGACUAACAGACAAAAUUAACAGGAUCAUUUGUCUAUGGGUACAUCUUUGCACAAGAAUUCAAUGCUUAAUAAUUCUGAAUUGAUUGAGAGCAUGGUGCACACCUCAAAAGCAAUAGGAUCAGAGAAUUUAAUGAACAUUUUGAAGAACUAUGCAAGAGUCGAGGGUGGCAACGGCAAAACAAAGCAAUAAAUUAUAGUAGGUGUAGUUGGAUUUCCUAAUGUUGGAAAGUCCUCACUCAUUAACUCACUUAAGAGGUAAAGAGCUGCGCCUACAGGUAAUAUGCCAGGUGUGACUAAAUCAAUGCAAGAAAUUCAACUAGAUAAAAACAUCAUACUGAUCGACUCACCAGGAGUCGUAUUAGCAACCAAAGAUCAAACUGACUCUUUAAUCUUAAGGCAAGCCAUUAAGAUCGAAGACAUCGCUGAUCCAUUCAGACCAGUUGAAGCCAUUAUAUCUAGAGUAGAUAGGGCUGAACUGCUUGCAUAUUAUGAAAUAGCACCAUUUGCUAAUACUGAUUCAUUCUUAGGCUAAAUUGCUAGAAAGAAGGGUUAGCUUUAAGCAGGAGGUAUCGCUAAUUUUGAUUAGGUUGCAAGGUCUGUUAUCAGAGACUUUUUGAAUGGAAAGCUUAAGUACUUUACAGCGCCUCCUCAAAUGGAAGGGGAUGAUGAAGAUGGAGAUACUGAAAUGAAUUGA